CCUAAUCGCGUGUGCGGUAAACCACUUAAGCGCCUUUAUUUGUGGCCAUCGGUGACGCGGUGGCGGCCUUACCGCUCUCCGGUUUCCCCACCCGUUUUCCGUCCGUGGGCGGGAUUCGGCGGAAUACGGGUGUGUUCUUGGUGUUUUUGGAGCUGUUGUGAGCGUCGAGCUCAGGAAGAAGGAGCAGUAGGAGAGGGUCCGAGAGGGAGCUUCAUCAGACCACGAUCAGAACCAGGUUACCACCUCAAACUAACACCCGCCGGAGUGAGACUGCAGCGACCUGCUCGCUCCUCUGGAGUCUGUCUUCAACCGACUGAGGCGAAUGGCGAAGAUCCUGUGGACUUCAGUGCUGCUGCUGUCAGCGCAGUUAGCGGCGUCUCAAGGCUCCGGUCAGUGUGGCCGUCCAGUGUCGUAUCCAGAUAAGAGGCUGGAUGAGAGGUACGCUCAGCUGUCAGAGUUUAAGAAUGGAGACAGGGUGGCGUAUAAGUGCUCGGUGGGUCACAGACAGACUGCGGGCAACAGAGUGUCCUUCUGCAGGAACGGACAGUGGGAGCCUCUCACCAUGAAAUGCACAAGGAAGCAGUGUGGCUCGGCUGGAGAAAUACAGAACGGGCGAUAUGUUCAGAAAGGGAACUUGUUCGGGGACAAAGCCUACGCAGAGUGUGAUGAUGGCUAUGUCCUGCAAGGAGAGCCUGUUCGGGAAUGUCUCGAUAAUGGAUGGAACGGAACCAUUCCUUCUUGCAUAAGAGGAAGUCCUAAAAGCUGUCCGCUCCCUGAUAUAAACAAUGGUGAGACGAAUGGGACAAAGAAAGAGUACAAGCCUGGAGAGUCUUUAUCCCUCUCCUGUAAUGUGGGGCACCGGCCGAGACGCAACAUCACAAUUGCCAAGUGUCACUCGAAGAACGGCUGGGAACCUAAACUGAAAUGUGAUCAGAUUAAAUGUGAGAAAUUGGUUAUACCCAACGGUGGAACAAAUUGUGGUCGUUUGAGGUUCAACACGACUGUGAAGAUCUACUGUGACAAGGGUUUCCAGCUAAAAGGGGCAGAGUUCAUAACCUGUGCAGUUAACGCCUCCUGGGCACCAGCUGUGCCCACCUGUGAAUCAGACAAGAAGCAUUUAGGAAAGUGUGGCCGGUUGCCAGACCACCCUAACGCGAUGCCCAGGCAGGAUUACCCCCGUGAGGGAGAGUACGAGCCUGAUGCUUACGUACAGUUCGAGUGUAAUCCUGGAACCCGCUGGACUGGAGGAAGCUCUGCCAUUCGCUGUGAGAACGGCCACUGGACUCCACUAGAGAUGAGAUGUGAGGAGAUAAACUGCGGGAGUGCUGGAGAGAUCGCAAACGGACGUUUUCAGUACACUGGCGUGUCUUCUGGUGAUACCGCUACAGCAGAGUGUUUUGAAGGGUACCGCUUGGUCGGGGUUGGUGUGAGACGCUGUGGGGCUGGAGGCUGGGAUGGCAGCGUGCCUGUAUGUGAAGCGGUCAGAUGUCCACGCCCUACUGUGGCCAACAGCAGGAUGCAGGAAGGUAGAGAUUACAGAGUUGGAGAACGAGUGACCAUCGUCUGUCAGGAGAGCUUCAAUCUGAUUGGCUCACCACAAAUCACAUGUGGACCAAAUGGUCAAUGGCAGGCUCUGCCAGAAUGCCUUUCGGCCACAGGAAAGUGUGGCCGAUUGCCACACCACCCUGACGCAAUGCCCAGACAGGGAUACCUCAGUGAGGGAGAGUACGAGCCGGAUGUUUACGUGCGGUUCAGCUGUAACCCUGGAUACCGCUGGGCUGGAGGAAGCUUGGCCAUUCGCUGUAAGAAAGGCCGCUGGACGCCUUUAGAGAUCAGAUGUGAGAGAAAAUCCUGCGGGUCUGCUGGAGAGAUCGCAAACGGCCGUUUUCAGUACACCGGCGUGUCUUUUGGUGACACCGCUACUGCUGAGUGUUUUGAAGGGUACCAUUUGGUCGGGUUUGGUGUGAGACACUGUAGAGCUGAAGGCUGGGACGGCAGAACACCUGUAUGCGAAGUGGUCAAGUGUCCCAGCCCCCCAGAAGUGCCCGGCGCAGAGAUAUUUGACACUACAGAUGGACACGCGGAGUACGGUCAUGUGGUGUCCUAUAGAUGUCGCUCCGGUUCGCUGAUUGGACCUGAGGACCUUUACUGCACGGAGCGCGGCACCUGGAGCCCGCCGCCUCCGCGGUGCCAGGACAUCAGCUGCCCAAAGCCUAAUGUGCAGUCUGGAGGAAGGAUUUUAGGAGUUAAGGCUCGUUACAGACACAGAGAUGUAGUGACGUUGACCUGCAACCUUGGGUGGAGAAUACAAGGCUCUGCUGAGGUCAGCUGCGGGCCAAAUGGAGAGUGGACUCCAGCGCUUCCUACAUGUGUCCCUAUGAAUGUGCGAAGGCCACGACAGAAAUGAGAACACAGCUGGACCUGUUAGAUCAACAUAAUAUAUAAGCUUUCCUUUUUCUACUUUCAUAUAAAAUCUUUACUUUUGAAACUGUCUGACCUCUGUUACGGAUCUGAGACGUUUAUGGCAGUCUUGAUUAUAUAUUAUAUAUAGGUUGUAAUGAUAUUUAAUAUGAAAUGAGUCAUUUAGAGAUGAACAAAAUUUCAGUCACUGAAAAUCUUUGGCCAGUUUUUGUUUUUAUUUAUUUAUUUAUUUAUUUUUGCUGUUUUGGGGCGAAAGAAAACUAAAAAUAUAUAAUAAAAGCUAUUAUUGUGGCUCACGGCUGAAUUUUGCUUCAUCACUAACUUCGUUUUGUUUUUUUCUAAACUCAAAAUUCAGUAGAUUCGUGUAGAACUGUUCAUUGAGAGGUCCCAGUUUCUUAUUUGGGAGCUCAGCUGAGCCAAGAGAAAGAAAAACGAGACAUACGGCAGCUUGUACGAACACCAAUUCCUUUCAUUUUAAAAAGACAAUACAAAAUCCAGACAUUUUUUACAUGAGCAUAAACAAUUUUUCAAGUGCAAAUACCAUUACCCACUCCAUGAAACCUUGUGGCAAAGUCGUUUCUCAAAGAAAAUCAAACAGAGACAAAAACAGAACUGCACUGUGGCGUAUUGAACGUUCUACAGAAAGUCUUAGAGCGACAGCGAUGAAAUGUAGUCAUGCAUUUAAAGGUGUAGCUUUCGCAUUUCCAUUUCUGAACAUUCAACAGGAGAACACACCGCCUUCUUUGCCACAGACUUUUCCCAAAACUUUCCUCUAUUCCACAAAUGACUUAUGAAAAUAAAAAAAAAAAAUCCCUUUUCCUUUAGAUCCAGCAGCUCUGUAACGAAAGGCAGGAACAUUAGCGGUAAGAUGAAAUUGAAAAAAAGGAUUUUGUAAGUAUGACAGUGUUGAAAGUUACAUACAGCUCGUUCUAACAGAGUUAAGUAAAUCUAACAAUGUAGCAUUUUUAUCACAUUCAACCAAGUUCUACGUUUAUAAUAGUGACUUUUGGUGGGUGGCAAAUGAAUAACGGGUAAAAUGCCUCUGUCAGGGGGAAAAAAGGGAAAAAUGAGCUUUUAUUUGCUUUCAGUUUUCAUAUAAAGGCGAGGCCAUUGCCAUAUGGCCUUUGUUUUCGUUACUAUUUUUUUGCUUUUUGCUUUCGGCGGAAUGCCUUGAGUAAUACUGAACACUAAAUUCAUUGCACAUUUGUGAAGGUGGUGCACAGGGGCGGUCUUUGGAAGAGAGGCUGGGGCAAAAUAUAAAAAAUAUUGUAAUAUUUUACAUAUUGUAAUGUUUUUACAUAUGGGUCAAAUAAAAGCUCAGUACUUUAAACAUGAA